GUUGUUUUAAGCUGUGGGUGCAGCCAGCUCUGGUGGGCCGGGAAUGGAAGGAGAGCUCCAUGUGCAGAAAGACAAGCACCAGGGGACCCCACCCCGGAGUUUGCUGACCCCUGGUGAUGUGGCACCUGGCGUGGUUUCCGGUGUGGCUGGGCUGCAUCAUUGCUUUAGGAUCAGAUCUCGAGCAUCAGUUGAAGGUGAAUGCCGUGGCUGGGGAAAACGUCACCCUCAGCUGCCGGUUCAAGCUCUCCUCCGACUACCUGCUGACCAAGCUCCAGAUCCACUGGCAUGUCUUCCGGGACCACGCGGGCUCCGUGGUGCACAGCUACUAUGACAGCGCCGACCAGCUGCAGGACCAGGACGUGGAGUUCAGGGGCCGGACGCAGCUCUUCCUCAAGGAGCUCGGCCAGGGGGUGGCCGCCCUGAACCUGAGCAGGGUGCAGCCCUCCGACAGCGGGGACUACAGGUGCAUCAUUAUCAACAGCCAAGACGUGCUCAUCGGGAACGUGAUUCUCCAUGUAAAAGCCCCGUACCACCCUCCUGAGAUCAAAAUCCUUUCCCACGCCGGUGGGGAGGUGAUCCUGCAGUGCAUGUCCUCAGGCGGCUACCCCGCAGCACAAAUCUGCUGGUACGAUGGGAAGGGAAACCAGCUGAACCAGUUAGAGCCUAUAUUGCUUCAGAGGGACGAAAAGGGGACCUUCCAAGUGCAAAGCCACCUGCCAGCAAGAGGCCACCAGAACAACGUGGUCUGUUGCUUCCUGCUGCACUCAGCCCUAAGCCAGAACCUGAGCGUCUGCGAAACAGUCCCAGCCUUCCUGAACAAGGCUGAGGCUGGGCACCAGAGCACUGUCAGGAACGUAGCACUGUUUGUCGGGAUAACUACAGUGAUCGUAUUCAUGCUCAUUCCCAUUGGACUAUUUUACUGGAAAAGACGACGGCAAUCUCUGAGAGCUUCAAAUCAAACCAGUGAUGAAGAGAAAGAUGAGCUUCUCUCCAGACAGCCAAAAGUAGAAAGGAAGUCGCUGCAGGAAUUCCUAGCAAGUCUGGGAAUGGAAAACUUACAAAGCAGAAAGCUCAAGCUGAGAGACCUGCUGGAAGUGAGCCAAGGGAGUUUAAAAGAAGGUCCCACUCGGACGACAGGAGAAAUACCAUGGCAUUUCCUCAGGAAGGUCAUGGCUCUGAACGGGACAGCCAGAAGCACUAAGCUAGAACUGCGGGACGACGGCAUCAGGGAGGGUGAACAGGAACCCAAUAUUUUAGUGCUUCCGACAGCCCUGGCCCCCAAGAGGUGCCAGAACCCUUUGGACAUCCUGUGUGCGGUCCUGUGCUGCUCAGACCCACUCUUCCAGCAGGAGACCCUGCUCAAGAUGUCCAUGUGCCAGUUUGCCCUCCCGUUGGUCCUCCCACCGCUGGACACUCCCAGGGCCACAUUCAUACUCUGGGCCUUGCGAGGCAUUGUGAAAAGGUGGAGGCCGCCCGCGCUGAGGGAAAGCCAGGGCUUCCAAGAGGAGAGCCUGGUGCUCGCAGCACUGCCCACCUUCUCCUUUGUGAGGCUGGGGGCAUGCAGCCUUUCCAAGUCCAGAGUCCUCAACCAGGUCCUCAGCCCUUCCCAGCAGCAAAACGACUUCUUCAUCCACAGGGGCCUGGAGUGUGGGGAUGUCCCUCGCCAGAUCUCAGAGGGGCUGGUGGAGAUCGCCUGGUACUUCCCCGGGGGCAGAGAGACCUCAGAGCCUUUCCAAGAGCCCAUCGCCGUGACCAAUCUGCGGGGGGACGUCGAAUUGCACUGGCUCCAGUUCACUUUCCUCAUGGAAGUCUCCGCAGCCGUCUUUGUCUUUGCUGAAAGCAUCAGCGAGAGCCAGUAUCACCGCUUUUCCUGCCUGGAUGACUCAGAGAGAAAACUCUACUUCAUCCUCACGCCCUCUCUUAAUAUACUUGGAAAAGGAGAGGGAUCCCUUGAUAACCUUGUCCCCAUGCAGAAGAUCAACCAGUCCCGCCUGCUUGUGAAAUAUAACACCACCAAUGACUCUGACCUUGUGAAAAGCCUGCGGUCCAUCCUGAAGCAGCCUCACAAGACAGCGAGCCUGGAGGAUAUGGCUGGGACAGCUCGUAAACUUGAUAUCCAGGUAGAUGAAGACAGUGAGAAAUGCCAGAGGGGGAAGGAGAGAGCAAUAGCAAUCACAAAGGAAAUAACAGAUGUUGUGGAGUACAAGAACAGAGCCCUGAAACUGCAAGGGGAGCCCUGGAAGUGCCUGACUGAAGUAGAAAGGGAGCUCUGCCAAAUGAAGCAGCAAGGGGAGACCCCGACCGAGAACUAUAAAUCCCAGCUGAGACAGAAUUGCCUGCGCCUGCGGACAGAGCAGCAGAAGUAUGGCCUCACAGGUGGGGUGGAGAUGUUUAAGGCAACAAUAGAAGAGGAAGUGGAUGGAAAAGCCCACUACUUCCUGAGGUGGAUGACAUUUUACUUGGAUAGGAUUUCCAGGGAGAACCGUUCCAAGCUGCAGGCAAAGCACAAAGAGAUGGAGAGAGCUUCUAACCAUAGCACAAAGCGGUUCUCCGAACUGGAUGAAUUCAUAGCAGGGAGUUCCCUGGGGGUGGAGCACUUCCUGCGUGAGCUGGGGCAGUUUUAUGAGGCAGAGCAGUCCCGGGUGAAGGAAGACCACCUGCCCCAAAGCCACAUGAAGUUGGUCCACCUCCCGGGGCUAGUGGCAGACCUGAUGCUGCAUGGGUUCCCCAUGGAGCUGGUGGACGGAGGCGUCUCCAACAUCCCGCUGCAGUGGGUGACGGACGUGAUGAUGGAGCUCCACUCCAAGCUGAGGGGAAAGUCCCGGAUGCUGGUGGUCACCGUGCUGGGUGUGCAGAGCACCGGGAAAUCCACCCUGCUCAACACCAUGUUUGGCCUGCAGUUCCCGGUGAGCAGCGGGCGAUGCACUCGAGGGGCCUUCAUGUCACUCCUCCAAGUGGCAGAGGACGCUCGGGAGGACCUGCACUGCGACAUCAUCCUGCUGAUUGACACCGAAGGCUUGAAAGCCCCUGAGCUGGCAAAGCUGGAGGACAGCUAUCAGCAUGAUAACGAGCUGGCCACGCUGGUGGUGGGCCUGAGUGACAUCACAAUCGUUAAUACCGCCAUGGAGAACGCUACCGAGAUGCAGGAUGUCCUGCAGAUAGCCGUCCAUGCCUUCCUCCGGAUGAAGGAGAUUGGGCUUAAACCGAACUGCCAGUUUGUGCACCAGAACGUCAGCGAUGUGUCGGCCCACGAAAAAAACACGAUGGACAGGAAACGCUUCCUGGAGCAGCUGAAUGACAUGACCCGAGCUGCUGCCAGGAUGGAGAAACUGAGCCAGGACCUGACAUUCUCGGCUGUCCUGAACUACAACCCCGCAGAACACGACUGGUACGUCCCAAGUCUGUGGCAUGGGGUCCCACCCAUGGCUUCAGUGAAUUUGGGAUACAGUGAGAGUAUGUGUGAGCUAAGAAAACACUUGAUUCAAUUACUGAAGAACUGGCCAUCUAAUCAAAUCCUGGAAGACAUCCCCCAGUUCCUCGAAUGGGUGAGAAACCUCUGGAAUGGCAUCAAACAUGAGAACUUCCUUUUCAGCUUCAGGAACAGCCGGGUGGCGGAGGCCUACAACCAGCUGGCCCUGAAGUACUCUGAGUGGGAGUGGCGUUUCCGCAAGGAGAUGCACCUCUGGGUCUGCAAGAAGGAAAACAAGAUCCAGAACCAGACCCCGCAGGAGCUAGAUUUGCAGAGCUUGAAAGAAGAGCUGCAGGCCAAACUUCAGGGUGGAGAGAAGCAAAUGCUGGACUGCCUACAGGAGUACUACGAAAGCGGAGUGAAAAACUUGCACUUGAUAGAAAAAUACAGGGAAGAUUUCACCAGGAGCAUAUUCAGCCUCAAGAAGGAACUUGAAGGUUACUCCACCAGCAAGUAUACAGAAGCUAUUGAAAUACAGAAAUGCUGCCACAAGAUCAACAACAUCCAGGCUGAGUACAGGAAAGUACUUGAAGGGAAAGUGGUCAGCCUGUUGGAAGACUGCAGGAACCGAAGACACCCACUGGACCAAAGAGAAACAGAAAGAGAGUUUGGAAGUAUGUGGAAAGAAGCAGUGUCUGAUUUAAACCCCAUUCACUUGCAGAGAAGCCAGGUGGCCCAGGAUCUAGAGCUCCAGCUGAAGAGGGACCUGGAUAAUCGGGGGAGUGCCGCAAGGCAGAAGCUACAAGAUGCAGGAAGCCUUUGUAAUUACAGAACCAAUCCUCUAGUGAUGGCCAAGAAAUAUUUAGACUCUUCGUAUUUCAAUGAUGUGACCCGCUCACCCCCAUGGGACUGGUGGCUCAAGGUCGAGAGGCUGGUUUGCUCUUUAAAAGAUGAGUGCAAUAGUUAUACUGCAGAAAAGGUCCACUCCAAGGCAGACUACGAUGAAACCUAUGGCCGGGAACUGCUGCAUAUGAUCAACGAGUGGCUUCAGCAGGAGGAUGUGUUGAACUAUCAUGCCAGCAUCGAUUUCGAAGUGGACCUGAAGUUUCACAUUUUGGGUGAAGCUGCUGGCAAGUUUCAGGAGAUGCACACAAAGUUCAUCCAAGAAAAUGACCCUCAACUGCGUCUGGAGAUGUUGAAACAGGAAUAUCUCACCACCUUUAGAAACCUUUACCUGGAGAAGGACACCUGCCAGCAGAGGGCCAAGCGGUUCUGCGAGACCUGCCUCAAACCCGCCCUAGUGGAGCACAUCAACAAGCAACUGGGAAUAAGAAUAAUAGACAACAUUCCUAGACACGAGAAGACUGAUCGAUACAGCAGUCGGGCUACCUUUCAGUUCUUUAUACUGAAACGGCUGCUGGAAAUGAUGAACUUCGCUGACUACCUGAAAUAUAUUAAUGACUACAAUGGUUUCAUCAAAGAUGAGAUCUCGAGGGAUAUUUUGGAGCGUUACGAAAAAAAAGAAGUUAUUGAAGUUCUGGAAGCUGAGAUCCUUUCUGCCAUCAUAAAGAAAGUCAGAGGAGCUCUACAGAAGGCUACAGAUGAAGGAGGCAAUGCGGUCCCUGACUUCAUCACCAACUUCUGCACAGUCUUGGAGAACGAUUUAGCUAUCCCCAGAGGCAGCGUGGAAAUGACCCUCUUUCAAAUCACAGCUGGCAUUCGGCAGUUUUCAGCUGACGUUCAAGACUCGCUCUUGACGUUGGAGCAGGGCCUGGCCUCGGAGUUCAAGGAGGUGACCCUUGAGCAGAAGCUCUCCAGGCUUCAAGUGAAGCCGGAGGAGGAGCUGUUCAAGAGGGUGUUUGGCUGUGGGCAGCAGUGUCCCUUCUGUGGCGUCCACUGUGAAGCAGAAACCACGGAUCACAAACACCACUAUGCACAUAUGCAUCGGCCCCAGGGAUUGCAGCGCUGUGUGGAUCUUUUCACCAGAACACGGGACUACUCCAUAUGCUCCUCUGCUGUGGAGUCCGCUGCCUCCUUUUCCACCAAAGAGAAAACUGUUCCAUUCAGAGAUUACCGUCUCUAUUUCCCAGACUGGAUCAUUUCCCCAGAUGUGAAUGCUGAAGCCUCCAGUUACUGGAAGUUUGUUUCCAAGAAGUUCAACCACGCAUUCGCUGAGGAAUACAGUACUCACCCAGUUCAUCUUCCAGAUGACUGGAACAGGAUAACCAAGGAGCAGGCUCAGGAGAGCAUAGAGAAAGUGUAUAGCAUAAGUGUAUAGUAUGUGUUUAUGCCCCACGCACUGCAUACGACCUUCAGGAUUGUCAGGCAGGUGUCCCAUCCUGUUGACAAACUUUAAACAGGGAGGACAGGUAAUAGAUUCAAGCAGACCCUUGGGUCAAUCCGACAGACGUGAGAGGUUUAUUGAUCAUUUGACAAGAUGAAUAGAGAAGCAUGAUCUGGAGGGACGGGUGUUGCCUGCUAUGAAGCAAAGCUAGCCAGGCUCUCUGUCUCUGCCAGCAGAGGGUCCUCCCAAUGGUUUGACAAGUGUCACAUAGAAGUCCCCAAAAUCAUCCACAGCCCAUGCCUGGUAUUUAUAGAUGGGAGGGUCUGAUAUUCUAAUGAAUGAUCGGUCCUAUUUAAAUGCGUUUCCCUGAAUCUUUUGGAACUGGAAUUAAACUACAUUUCUUGGA